AUGAAACCCCAUCCACUCACAUUGCCUCUUCAUCCACUCACAACGAAACUCCGUCCACUUGGGACUGGAUUCCCGAAUUCUGGCGAAUUCCGUGCGAAUCAAUCCGCGAAUUCAACGGCGAUUCCUCGGGCUGCCUCUGCUUCGAAUUCGAAGCGCUCGCCGCCCUCGCCGAUUUCGCUCUCACGGUGUUCGACGCCCAAACAAAACGCGGAAUCCGAUUGGACGGCUUCCGGGGCGGACCGAAUCCUCGUCAUGGUCAACUUCGCUCGCGAUUGCGUGCGGGAAUUCCGCGAGGGGGAACGCAUCGGCGGCUUGCUGGCGGAAGAUUUGGGGAAACUUCCGUGGAAAAAGCCGGUUUCCAUCCGGAGUUUCAAGGAUCGACGAGUCACCGCGGUUUUCGGAGACGAAAUCGCGCUGGACGAGUCGGUGGAUUGGAUGCGGGAAGUGUCGAAUGAGGAAAUGAUCGCGGAAUGCAUGUCGUCCUACCACUUGAUCCUUCAGUGUAUGUCGGAACGCACGUUCCCCGAAUGGUUCUUGCGCGAGGCGUUUCAUCAGACCCAAAAGUGGAAAUCGGGUCGGUUCCGAUGGUAUGAGUCCCGAAUUCCGAAUUUGUGGGUCGAGGUGGAAAAAACCGCGGAACACGAGGAUUCGGCGUGGAAAGUGGUUGGCACAAAUGGAGGGUAUUUUUGGAUUCAGCCGAUUCCGUCCAAUCAUUUCGAAAGUGGAAGAGAAGAAUAUUCCAAAGUGUGGAAACGUGGAAUUGCCAGAGACACAAUUCCCCCCAUCGAUUUUCCGAAUGAAACCUUCGAAGAAUUCCAAAAUCACGUCAAUUCAAACUUUUCCCUCCUUUUCUCCCUUCUCCCGCGGGUCGACGCCGCAUCGGAUUCCCGCGGUUCUUCGGGUUCGGAGGAAUCCUCCUUUUCCCGCGAUUGCGAUUUGGUGGGCGUUUUAUUCGCGGUGAAUUGGCGGCUUCUUCGCCUCCUCGCGUUUUUGGCGGUCUUUCCAGACCGUCAAACCGCGGGAAUGGCGUCGAACCUGGAGAGUUAUGCAGCGUUAACGGCGCUGUGUCUCUCCUCGACGCGGUUUCUGCUGAGUUCGCUGCGGCUCGAGGAGCUGCGAAUUCCAAUCGAACCUUCCAUCGAUUCGCAGCGUCUGCCCGAAUCGAUUCCUCUUCUUUCCAUCAAUCGAAUGGCUGCGCGCCGCGAGCGUCUGCAGCGUUUGCCGCUCCUCGAGCGGCAGAACGCCUCCAUCUCUCAUCAAUUCCUGAAGUGGAUCGAGCGGCAGCCCGCCGAGGCGUUACGCCGAUCCUACAUCCAUCAUUCCCACGGGGGACAGCGCCGGUCCUUCGUGGUUUCAUUCAUUGGCGAGGGCGGAAUCGACAACGGCGGGCUCUACCGCGAGCUCUUCGCCUCCACCAUGCAGGAGCUCCACGAUCUCGAGCUCUUCGCCUACCUGCGCCGAACCCCCAAUUUCGCCGAUUGCGCAGUUACCGCGGGGAAGGAGGACUUCCUCUGGGACGAAGACGUCGACGAAACCUGGGUCCAGGCGCUCGGGAGAGUCGUGGGAACCGCGGUUUUGAGCGGAAUCCAAGUGAACCUGCUCCUCUCUCCCGCGUUGUGGAAAAUAAUCGCGGGGGAAACGGUGAACGAGAGCGAUUUGGAGCUGGUCGACGCGUCGUUGGUUCGAUUUUGCAGGCAAUGUCGAAGCGGAGAACUCGAAACCACCUGGAGUUUCCCUUCCUUCCAAGGCACUCUCCGCGUUCACCGCGAUUAUCCGUCCGAUGCCAUCGUGGAACCGCGGGAAAUGGACGAAUUCUGCGGCUGGGUGCUUCGGGAAGCGUUUGCCGCCCAAAAACGGCUCUGCGAGGCGUUUCGCCGCGGUUUUGACGAUGUAAUCGGCGGCGUUCUGCACGGAAUUCUUCGCGGCGCGGAGUACAUGCAAUUAAUCGUGGGAAUCGGCGAUGUGGACGUUUCGGAGCUGCGGCGAAUGACGAAAUACGAAGGAUUCGAGCCCGAAGAUCGCGAGAUCGAGUGGUUCUGGCGCGUGCUGAGCGAGCUGAGUCGCUCGCAGCGCGUCCGGUUUCUUCAGUUCGCGACGGCGCGGUCGCGGCUGCCGGUUUUCAGCCAUCAGGCGCCGCUCGCGUUUAAGAUUAUGCGGAUGGUGACGAAGGGAGAAGCGGAUCAGUACUUCCCGGUGGCGCACACGUGCUUCAAUGACUUGGAAUUACCGCGGUACUCGUCGUUCGAAGUGAUGAAGCAGCGGAUCGAGUGGGCGAUGGAGAAUACGACGGCGAUUGACGGGGAUCGCGUGGAACAUGGAGAUAUUGCGUGGGAUUAA